GAGCCGUUGAUAGGUUAACCACAGAAAUUUUGGCGCCAAAAUUUAGCAGCCCCGUAAGUUCCCGGGCAGCCGCCUCUUCAAUUCUCUCUCUCUCUCUCUAAAGUCUACUAAGGUCGUAUUUGGGCUUCGAGAGCUUCCUCCUCUUCUAUUCAAUAUAAAAAGUUCGGUCUUUUUUCUCAAAUUUCGAUUUUCAACCCGAGUAUCUAUCUCCUUACUCCAUUCAACCCGUCUCCUCCGAGCGAAGAUCCUUCCUUUCGUCUUCGUUCUCCGUCGCCCACUACUGUUCUGUCCUCGUUCUUCUCGAUUCCGUCGACCCAACGGCGAAAAGAGCCAGGCUUUGGCACCGGUUCAGGGCCCAAAGUUUCCGUCUUUUUCCUGUUUCCGGGCGCGAGAUGGGGGUUUCGAAGAAGCCGCAAGUGGACAGUGGCUCAUCGGAAUCGGAAAUCAAGAAGUGGGUCGUCUCUGGCGCCGUGGUCAAGGCGAUGAAGCCGAUAAGCACGAAGGCGAGGUCGAGGGACGGCGGCGAGGGCGACGAGGCCGACGCGGACGCGGCGCGGUCGACGACCCCGACGGCCAGGGAGGCGAGGAUACCGGAGAAACUUCCGUGCCCGCCCGCGCCGCGGAAGAGGAGGCCGCCUUCCUCGAGUUGUCACAUGCUGACCGGCGCGAGGGAGUUCUUCAACCCUCCGGAUUUGGAAACUGUGUUCAAGCGCCAUGUGGAGAGAGCCAAGUGACUGUAGGCUAGAGCGUAGUUUACAGUUUUAGAUGGACUUGUUUAGGAUAGGCUUUGCUCUGUUUUUGCUCGUCUUCUUUUUUAGGUUUUUUUCAUGGAUAGGAGUAGGAUUAGGAUUGAUGUAUAAAGAAUAUGAAAUCCCAACGAAAUGAAUGUUGUAGUUGAGUCCGUGUGCGACUCCAAGUGCUCUGUUUUCUUCA